CCCUUCAGUCCUACCAGGUGUACCGGCUCCUCCCCUUCAGUCCUGCACAGGUGUACCGGCUCCUCCCCUUCAGUACUGCACAGGUGUACCGGCUCCUCCCCUUCAGUCUUGCACAGGUGUACCGGCUCCUCCCCUUCAGUCUUGCACAGGUGUACCGGAUCCUCCCCUUCAGUUUUGCACAGGCGUACCGGCUCCUCCCCUUCAGUCUUGCACAGGUGUACUGGCUCCUCCCCUACAGUCUUGCACAGGUGUACCUACUCCUCCCCUUCAGUCCUGCACAGGUGUACCGGCUCCUCCCCUACAGUCUUGCACAGGUGGUGCUCCUUCAGUCUUGCACAGGUGUACCAGCUCCUCCCCUUCAGUCUUUCUGGCUCCUCCCUUUCAGGCUUGCACAGUUUUACUGACUCCUCCCAUUCAGUCUUGCACAGUUGUAGUGGCUCCUCCUCUUCAGUCUUGCACAGUUGUACCAACUCCUCCCCUUCAGUCUUGCACAGGUGUACUGGCUCCUCC